AUGACAUUCAUAACGAUAUAUCUACUAUUUCUCCCCAUCAGAGCAGCCACAACGGAUCCAGUCAGCGUAUUAGCAUGUUCAGAUUAUUCCGAAGUGUUAGGAUAUUGUCAUGGAAUGUUUGAUCCUCAACCAAAUCUAGCAAAUUACACUUACGCAAACGAGUUUUUAUCUUGUAUGUGUAGUGGGAAUAAAUCCACACCUUCAGAUGGUAAAGAAGCGUAUUUGAAGAAUGUUGGGAUUUGUGAGAGUAGUUCUACUACACCAUCUGUCAUAGUUUCUGAUUUAUCUCUCCUUCUACAAGGUUGCGCAACACAAGAACAAAACGGUUCUGCAGCCGUAGCUACAAUUUAUCAUCCUCAAGGUUAUUCCACAUCUUUGUCGACAGAAUACGGUCUACCAGAUCAAUUGAAUGGUGCUUUACGAUAUAUACCUUCAUUCAGAGGGAUCAGUUGGUUGAGUUGUUCAUCAUUUAUUUUGACUAUAUUUCUCGGUGUAGGUGUGGGUGUUUUAAUAUAG